CCUCCGGCUCCCGCCUCCUCCAACAAUGGCAGACAAAAAACCCGCAAAGACAGUAACAACACAAACAAACCCCCGCGGUAUUCCCGUCGCUCCUUUCGUCGACAAUGUCGCCGACUACGUCGCCUCCCGCGACGAUGUCGAACCCACCCUCCGCUCGUUCCAGGAGAUGAUCUCCAAAUACCAGUUCAUGGAGGUUAACAGCCAACGGCGCGGACAGGGUCUGCGUGAGAAGAUCCCGGAUAUCAAAAAGACUUUGGAAAUGGUUCGAUUCUUGAAAGUACAGAAAGAGUCUUCUUCCAGUUUGGAAACCAACUUUGAAUUAAAUGACACUCUCUACGCCCGUGCUACCAUUUCCCCCACCGACACAGAGGAAGUCUACCUUUGGCUAGGUGCUAAUGUCAUGCUGGCUUACCCCAUCGACGAGGCCGAGACCAUGUUACAGGAUAAGCUCUCCGCGGCGGAAUUGAGUCUGUCAAACUGCGAGGAGGAUUUGGAGUUUUUGAGAGAACAGAUUACGACACUAGAAGUCGCUACCGCUCGUGUCUACAACUGGGAUGUGGUGCAGCGGCGCAAAGAUAAGGCCGACGGGAAAGGUGGAGAUGAUUAGAAUCAAAAUAAGAGACCGGGUGGUUGAAAUGAUAUCAUGCUUGUAUGUACUUGUUGAAUGGUUUCUCAUAGAUUAUACUCUAAAUUACUCGUUUCUCCCAUCUCCUCUGUUUGGAAAACAAACAAGAUAUAUGCUAUACACUGGUUGGUAAAUAUAAAGAGAAAAUCCCCAUUCAAUUAGGUAGUUAUAUCUGAUAAGACAUUUCAUAGUAUGUACCUCAACGCCAGAAUCCGUAUAUCUUCGUCUAUCAUUAAAACCAUAACUCAAAAGUCUUGUAUAUAGCUCUCAAGUGUCAACCCCCAUCCAGACCAGAAAGAAGAAAAAAAGAAUGCAUCAUCACAAAACGAAAAAAA